AGACCUCUGUCAUUAGCCAAGGGGUUUGGGGCUGGGCUAAAAGCACGGUGGGUGAUGGGAAGAGAAGCCUCCUUCCUUCCUUCCGUCCUACAACUCAGCGUGAUUUGGGGCUCAACGGACAAAGUAAGCCACUUUUUGGGACAAAGCAUAGGAAGCAAGGUAUCAACCCUUUUCACUCGUGGUUUGCAAAAAGCAACUCAGGCUAGUGGGGAGAAGCUUUCUGUCUAAGACGGAAACUGGAUCCAUGAAGGAGAAGAACAGAGGCCUGAGAGGCUACCAGCCCUACGAAAUAAUUUAGCUGCCAGGCGCUAUUUUGAGCCUGUUGCCGAGCUACCACGUUCCAAAGCCCAUUCUUGGGGGAGAUCGGUUACAGGGUGCAGACAAUGGCGUGUAAUGCAAGAGCAUAGCGGUGCGGGGAUGAGGCUUCCCUAAGGACUCCAAAGCAGGAGAAAAGAGUCUGCCUGGUGUGAACUGGGGAGGGGGGCAGGGGUUGGACUUUCUCUAUUGCCGUGUGAAGACACCCCUCUUGUGAAGAUACGAGUCCUCUGCGUGGAAAGAGGGCACAGCUUCCAAGCCUGGAGGUGUGAAUAAGCCAGUAAUAAAUGUCCCAACUGUAGGAUGGAGAAGAAGACAGCUCAUUGAGUUUCUGAAGAACCAGUCUGGUUCACAAGACACAGUGAGCGUCCAUCAGUUACAGGGCCCUUCAUUGAAGGAAACCAUUGGCAUUCUGGGUCAGCCAUGGAUCUGUUUCCUUUGUGUUCUUUGAGAUGUACAUUGGAGGCUCCUGAAAUUUUAAUGAAGACACCAGAUCUGAGAAGGAGGCCGCUCAUGACAGGUGUGAAUUUGCAGGACGUACCAGCAUCUGCCUGAGCGCCUGGUACCUUGGCUGAGUCUCCAAAGCGAAUGAACACAGAGGUGGGAUGGCAACCAGCCCGUAAACCAUCAACGAUUGGAAGAGCAAGCUACACCAAGGGCCGGGGUCUGUAGGACUUGAGACUGUCCAAACUUGGCAUCUCACAAGGUUGCUUUGUGGGACGUGCUGCUUCUGGGAGAAGAACAUAAGACCUGAAGAAGCUGAGUGGACAGUUGCCAGGAUGACACAAGCAUUUUGGAAGGUCUACAAGGCCAAAGUAAUGCAGACCCUUGGUGGAGAGUCACAAGAAGAGGAUCUUGAAGAUGAGAGAGAGAGUCCUGAAAUGAUGGAAACUACAGAUUCAACACUGCUGACAGAGGAAGGGUCCAACCCUGUUUCUCAACUGGCACGAAGGGUCCAAGGAGCUGGAGCCAAGAGCUGGAGGACUGUAUCAUCCUUGUUCAGCCGGGAAGAUGAACAUAAACUGCUGGCCUCUGAGCCUUGUGCUGACCACCCUUUAGCAGCAAAACCGGAGGAGGAUUCUGCCUCCGAGAGGAGGACCGCUGGCCUUUGGGACGUCUUUGCUUCUAAGUGGCAGCAGCCUUCAGGCCUGGAGAAGAUGGUGGACCCCCAAGAGCCGUCCGCCAGGGGCAGAUCAGGGGAAAUGGUGGUCGAGGAGGAGGAGGAAGCUGGUGGCACCGGCCAGGACAACGACCUCCGAGAAGCUGAAGGGAUGGCCUUCAAAUGGAGCUUCCUGACCAACAAACUGGCUGAGAUGAAGAACAGAAGCGUCUCCAAGAGCAACUAGGACAGAUGCAGAAAGGACAGACUUCUGAUGCUAUGCUGUCUUUCCAGCAGAGGACAAGGACUGUCGCCUUUUCCCCAGUAACUCUUCCAUAGAAGAACGUUGUGUGAUGUGGAGGAUCUGGGCCAUUGUAUUAACCAUCACAAUGUUAGGAUAAUGUCCUCUUUGCACCCCCCUUUCAAUGUGUGCCCCAUGUUUCCAGUGCUAUCAUUCCCUCUCUCCUUGUCCUCCCCAUCUUCUUCAUAAGACUGUUCUUCAAA